GUUCAGAUUAUUACUUGGCUUGAAUACAUUUUGGGUCAAUCUUACUUCCCAACCCUCAUUUCCUACCAGCAGAAAAUAAAUAGUUUAGAAGUACCCAUUGGAAAAGUCGUUCUUUUUUAAAGCUGGGCUGUCUGCUGUGUUAUCCGCUCCAACAUCUAAACCACCUCUAAUCACCUUCGAUAGUCCUGAAUGGGCAAUCAGCCGGCCCAUUUGGCACCACAGCUGUCAAGCAGGCACGCUGAAUGCCCGCUUGGGCUAAUUACCCUGGAAUUCCCUCCCAGCAGGACUGCAUUAUCGGGCUCCCCUCCCCCGGGCGUCUGGGGACCCGGAGGUGGCAGCCUCGGGAUCGGUGCCACCCUUCUCCUGAUUGCAAUGGGGAGAGACCUCCCCGCGAGUGCCAGGCAAUGCACAGCGAUGAAGCGCCGGGCUUGCUCUUCUACCGCCCCUCAGCAGUUGUCAAGGCGCUUCUCCUCAUGAGAAGCAAACCAGAGGGGAUGGGUCCCUGCUAGUGGGGAUGGAUCGAGCCCUGGCAGAGCAGCUCCCUAGGAGAAAUUACCCCUGACGCCUGGCCUCUAAUUGCACCGGGGAUUCUCCUCCUCCCCCACUUCUCCUGGUGUGCAUUGUUACGGAAGGGGGUGGGGGAAGGCUGCUCGGACACCUGCUCCUGUCGGACCACCCGGGUACCUGUUGGUCAGUGCUAGGAGGCAGGGUGCUGCUCCACGUCCAUCGCUCCUCUCCGCUCGGGCUCCCGCGCCGUGCUGCAGUGCCGGGUCCGGGGUAGGUGAGCCGCUGGGGGGAUUGGUGCUCUACUUUUUCCGCCUGUUGUUCUGGCGGGGUCUGGCCGUACGCAACCUAAGGUGCCUGGCUAAUGCCAUUCUGGGAAGCAGGAGGGGCCGCGUCCUUCCUCCAGACAACUGAUUGUCUGUGGGGUGGGGGAAACAACGCUGGAGCGCCGGAGCUGCUGCACACCUGUCACACCGUGGAGCCUGAUUUAUACCUGGAGCUGGACGGACCUCCUCGGGGCUUUUCUGGAGCACUUUAAAGGGGGAUAUCCUCUUCGAGAACCCAGGAGAAGAGGACAAGAGCUUCAUGCAAUUCCCCUCCUCUCCCCCAUGUGAAUAUUCCUGCAACAUAUAUAUCGUGCUUAUCCUUCUCCAUUCAACUGUACCUUUUACCUGGCCGGAGUGGCUCAGAUCAUGUCAGCUAAGCUUCUAGUGGCUUUCUUCCUCCUCUCUGUAUUCCAAGCCUGUUCUAGGAAGGUUGAAGAAGAUGAAUAUGAAGAUGUAACAGCUAACCAAAAAUGGGUAUUAGCUCCAAAAACACAAGACACAGAUGUGACUCUCAUACUGAACAAGUUGCUGAGAGAAUAUGACAAAAAAUUACGGCCAGAUAUUGGAAUAAAACCAACAGUUAUUGAUGUUGACAUUUAUGUUAACAGCAUUGGCCCGGUAUCAUCAAUAAAUAUGUGUGAAGAAAGGACUCGUACAGAGAAACUACUAAUUUGCAGGUGGAUCUGAGAUGAAGAAUAUCACUGGAGGCCACCUCCUUUCUGCACUUGAGACCCACAAAUGUUUAAAAUGCUUUUGGCUGAUGAAGGUCUAUCUAUGCCAAUUGCAGUGAUUAUCAGGGCAACAUCCAGGUCACGUUUCUAUGAAGGAAAUUGCCUACCACCUUAGCAUUUUGAGUUGUAUUCUGAUACUGCUAACUGGCACUAAGAAGUUAAUAAAAAUAGCUAAAGGCUUGUAUGGUUUUAAUACCUUAAAAUUUCACUGUCUUCAGAUUUGCAGUACAAUUCUAACAGUAAACAGUAAUUUCAUGCCAUUCAUGUUCAUAAUCAUGGAGAUUUGAAAUAAAAACAUAAACAGUACAAGGCAGACUGGCUAGUUUAUCCAAACUUUGAGACGCAAGGAAAGGGGUAAAACAUGGUAUUAAAAUUUUGAGAGAUGAAAACAAGGUUGUUAUAUAGAUUAUACAUGGCUUUGUACAUGUGGCAUGCAAAUACAAUGCUUCUUAACAUUGCACAUUCAAAAAUAAGAAGGCACAAGGAAUAUUACAAAACAUUCUUUUGGAUUCUUUCUAAACUGUUCUGAUAGACUUUUUUCCUGCUGGAAUAUUUCAUUCUGUCCAAUUUUUCAGGUAUGGCUUGUAGCGUAGAAUUGUUUGUUUAUAAACUGGUGACUAUGUAGAUACACAUCCUUAAGAAGGAGAAUUCUAGCUCUUCUAAUCAUGCAAAGAUAAUCAAAAGUGUUUUGCAAUCAAUUGUUGCCAAAAUAUUGUAACAUGAAGGGGUUUUUAAUGAGAAUUGUUAAGGCUUCCCUCCAAUCACUUAAAAGGAAGGCUGACAGCAUUCAAUUAAUUAAAUUCAGACUUUUGUGAAUUAUUUUUAUUGCUCAUCAUUCAUGCAAUAACAUUUUGAUGUACAUAGGCAAUAUCCCACUAGGCUUUGCUGACGUGUUUGAUCACCACAGCUAGCUGAGAAACUGAAUGACUGUGACAAGUCCACUUACUUUAAUGGAACCAUGUGCUAAUUAAUUAAUACGAGCAUGAUAGUCUGUGGGCUAGCUUAGAAACAUUGAUAACUAGGCUGCAUCACCUCAUUACAUGUGAAAAAUUGAUUAUUCAGUUCAGCUGCCAAAGCCAAAAACUGAAGAGUUGGUUUAGACUGUACUGGGGUUGGAGUUUUGCUCCAGCCAUGAUGGUCCAGGAAAAGUCCAAGAGGCAGACUGCACCAGAUCUAUUGUUUCCUCACUAAAACAAGCAAAACAUUUCAUUCAAUAACUAUGUUCCAUUUCACCCAAACCAUUUAUUUUCUUUUCAGGGACUUGUAAAAACAGCAAAGAAAACAAAGGGUCAGUUUAAUAAAAGUGCUGGAGAAGGCAUAGGUAUCUGGCAGCUAACAGGGUUAGAGUACUUAUCCAGAACAUAAGAGAAUUAGGUUCAUUAUAUCCUCUACCUUGUGGAGAUUGGAAACUACAUAUGUUACCUCACAGAAGCAUGCCCUAACUACUCAUGAGUAUUCAGGGGCAGGGGUGCUGAUCUGUAGCUGUUGUAUUUUGUUUAAUUAAUCUAACCAUUCACUGGAGCAGGGAGUGGAAAUCUUGGAUGACUGUUAUAGUCAACAGGCCAUAGUGAUAUUCUUAUUGCCUUCCUCAAUGAUAAUUUAAAUAUUGUAUAUAAGUGAAAAUGCUCUAACAGGAAGGAGAAACUAAGGGAGAUUCACCCAGAAUAUGCUGUAGCCAUGUGGUUAGGGCCUUUGCCUGAGAAACAAGAGAUAUUAAAUCCCCAUUUGAAGGAAAAGGAAAUUCAAUCUAGAUUUCCCAAAUCUUGGAUGAUUGCGCCAGCUAUUGAGUUAGGGAGUAAAAUGAAGAAACCAAUUUUGCUUCUGCAAAAUUUCAGACUAGCCCUGAAAUAUUUUUCCAAGGAAGAUUAUUCAGCAGAUUUGGGAUAGAUAUAUGAAUUGUUUGGGGGGUGAUUGAAAUGUGCAUUAUUAUUUGGUGAAUUAACUUCUUGCUGCAAAAAACCCUGUGGAGUUCUAGUGCUCAUAUCCUUCGUAUUCAUUGCAUUUCUAAGGUCCUUGAGAUAAGGACUGUCUUCCUCUGUGUUUUAGAGGAAUCCCAUUUUUAGGGCAUUUCAAUGUUACCACAAUAUGAAUCAAAGUGUUUAUAGGACAUGACAUGGAAACAAGACUGCUGGACUGUAGUGUACCUCUACAUGGCACAAUGCAGUGUACUUCGGAGAUACUCAAGUUAGCCCUGAACUCCUGUGAUUGUAGUAUAGACUGCAAUUAUUUGUUUUAAUUUCCUGUAAAAUUGUAAACUAAACAAAUGCAAAUUUUCAAAAGUGUAAGUGUGUGAUUUAGGAGCCUAAAGCAGUCACUUAGAGCCACUUUUGAAAAUGUUAUACACAUU